UUCUAAGUACAGUGAACAGUCGCUUUUACCCUCCGAUGUCUAGGAAAAAUGGAAAAUACGAAGCUGGGUGAAUAAAGAAAACGCCUGAUUUGGUAGUGGAUUCGGGAACCUUCGCAAAAACAUGAAAGAGAGUUGAAAUCGACAGAGAGAGUGAGAGUUCGUACUUAUCUAUCUCAUAGUCAGAAGAGAGAAAAUUGAAAUCGACAGACAGAGAGAGAGAGAGAGAGAGAGAGAGUUCGAUCUGAUCUUGGUCUCUGCUGUCGUUCUUCGUCUCACUUAGAUUGAUAGUGAGGGAGGUUGUUGAUCGGCAUAGACAGGUCUCAAUUUUUGUUUGUUUCCAGCUUGGAGGCAUAAAAGAAUUGGAGUCAAGGGGAAGAGUAACAUUUGGGUCUAGGUUUUGAUCAGGCAGUGUAAACUUGACCAAGAGUGCUGUAACGUAGAACGCCAAAUUUGAGGUGCACUACAUGACAUUGUGCGAAUGUUAUAUAAGUUGAAAUCAGUUUUGUAGAUGAAAAACCUAAAUUCAGUUUUAUCCAGUUCUGCGAAUGUUAUAUCACUCAUAUUCCCGCAGCAUCGCGCGGGUGCACUUUCUAGUAAUUAGUUAAUUACUGCUGCUUUACUCUCCCUCUCGACUCUUUUCAACUCCAUCUUCCUCUCUCUGAACCCCAAAUAAAUUCCCAUAGAACGAUUGCAAUCCCCAACACGACUAGACUCUGCAUCACUUAAUUCAGCUCUUGUUAUAUAAAAAUCAACCAACCCUUGUAGAGGUCCAUUCUCUUCUUCUUCUUCAGUUUUUGAGCAAGCAAAAAGGUGUUCAACUUGUUUGGUCUGAGAAUGGGCGGAGGAGGAGAGGGUCAUGCAAUAGGGAUUGACUUGGGGACAACCUAUUCAUGCGUAGCAGUGUGGGAGCACGAGCAUGUAGAAAUCAUAGUGAAUGAUCAAGGAAACAGGACAACUCCAUCUUAUGUUGCCUUCACUGACUCGGAGCUUUUCGUAGGCGACGCUGCAUUUAACCAGAUCAUUAAAAAUCCCACAAACUCAAUCUUUGAUGCAAAGCGUUUAAUAGGCAGGAGAUAUAGUGAUGCCUCAGUUCAAAAUGAUAUUAAACUCUGGCCAUUCAAGGUUAUUGAAGGUCCUGCUGAGAAGCCCAUGAUUGUAGUUACCCACAAGGGCGAAGAGAAACAAUUUGCUGCUGAAGAAAUCUCAUCUAUGGUUCUUGAAAAGAUGCGGGAAAUUGCUGAGGCCUAUCUUGGUUCACCUGUGAAAAAUGCAGUUAUCACCGUCCCUGCCUACUUCAAUAAUUCACAGCGUCAGGCUACAAAUGAUGCCGCAGUCACUGCUGGCCUAAACGUGAUGCGUAUCAUCAACGAACCAACUGCAGCAGCCAUUGCUUAUGGACUUGACAGAAAGGGCGGCUGGUAUAGCAAGAGAAAUGUUAUGAUAUUUGAUUUCGGCGGUGGUACACUAGAUGUGUCAUUGCUUACAAUAGGUGAUGGUAUAUUCGAAGUGAAGGCUACAGCUGGAGACACUCACCUUGGAGGUGAAGAUCUUGAUAACAGAAUGGUGAGCUAUUGUGUUGAGGAAUUCAAGAAAAAGCACAAUCUAGACAUCACUGGAAACUUUAGAGCUCUUAGGAGGUUAAGAAAUGAAUGUGAGAAGGCAAAGAGGAGACUUUCAUUUGCUUCCAUAGUUGACAUUGAAAUUGAUUGUUUGGAUUUCUAUACAAGUAUCACUCGAGCCAAGUUUGAACAACUCAACAAAGACUUGUUCAACAAGUGCAUGGACCCUGUGAGAAAGUGUUUAAGCGAUGCUAAAAUGAAGAUAAGCAAUGUCCAUGAUGUUGUUCUUGCGGGUGGCUCUUCUAGAAUUCCUAAAGUGCAAGAACUAUUAAAAGAUGUCUUCAAAGGGAAGGAGCUGUGCAAGGGAAUUAAUCCAGAUGAGGCAAUCGCCUAUGGAGCUGCGGUUCAAGCUGCAGUUUUGAAAGGCCAUCAAGAUCGGAAACUUCAAGACUUCGCUCUCUUGGAUGUCACCCCUCUGUCACUCGGGUUGGAGAGUCGCACACUUGAUACGCUUGAGAAAUACAUGAAUGUUUUGAUUCCAAAGAACACUAGAAUACCUGUGAUGAAGAGCAAAAUUAUAACUACUAUAUAUGACAACCAAGAGUCGGUCGUAUUCCCCAUAUAUGAGGGUGAGAGCAGAAUAGUCAAAGAAAAUUACUUUGUGGGCGAAGUUAGCCUCUGCAACAUUCCUCUGGCUCCCAAGAAUGUUCCUAAGUUCAAUCUUUGCUUUAAUAUUGAUGCAAGUGGUAUCCUGCGUGUCUCAGCAGAGGACAUGACUACUGGGCAGAGGAAAGAGAUUACGAUCAACACUGACAGAAGAAAUUUGGGAAUUGAGAACGAGAGAAUUGCUGACAUCGACUAGUCGUUUUUUCCCAUUGAGUUUCUUUGCUGUAUUGCAUUGUGCAUAUGUUGGGUCCUUAGCUCAUGCACUUACCUUGUUUUUGUUCGUGUUUUGCUGCCAUAACCAUGAUAGAAGUCUUGUUUUUGAGUUACAAGGGUCAUAUUUUGCUGGACGUAGCUCUCGUGUUGGACUGAUAAUUGGUGCUAAAAUUAAAUAUACAUGUUGCAUAAGCUGGUGGGAA